AUGACACGUGAACGCGAGGUGAAUACUGAUGGUAAUAAAUGUGGUCCCCCAGGCUGUCCGAAACGUUGUAUACAUUGUCGCAAAAAAGGAAUGCUAUACCUCUCCGACGGCGUAAAUCUUAGUGAGGACGAGAAACAAGAAAUGGAAACGUUAUUGGUGGAAUUUGCAAAAGUUUUUGCUGACUCCGGUGAACCUACACCAUAUGCUGUUCACAAAAUAGAUACAGAAAAUGAUAUAAUAGAGGAAUGUGACUCCGCCUGGGCCUCGCCUGUGGUGAUGGUUCCUAAAACUGAUGGCUUGGUUCGAGUUUGUGUGAACUAUAGAAAUCUUAAUGCCAUAACUAUACCAGAUAGAUAUCUACUACCUCGCAUGGACGAUUUAGUUCAGAGAAGAGAAAAUCAAAUGAAAGAUGAUUACCUAUAA